UACAAUGUGGUCGAUGGGGUGGUCGCAGUGACUUGAGAGCGAUACGGCGGUAGAGGGUCACGAGGUCGUGUCUGCAGGGCCCAGCACAGCGCUCCGAUGCAUUUCUGGAUCGACAAACGCAGUCAGUGCGCCUACACGGGCCGCCACCGCGUGCCCUCUUCUCUAUCUUCUGGCGUGGGGUGCGGGCGGCGCGGGCGCGCGUGCGGCGGCGCGGGCCGCAAGGGCAUGGCGGCGCCCGUGCACCGCUUCGCGGCGCUCGACUGCCCGCCGCGCCGCCCGCGCGCCAGCGCCAACCACAACAGGCACAACGGCCACGUACCAGUCGCGGCUGUGCACACGAGGCGUCAGAAUGACGAAUCAAGUUUGUACGUGGAGAUCCCGCCGGAGCCGCAGCAGCCCACCAUCGCGAGCCUGGCCGCGGCUCGCAGCGUCACACCGGACACGCUGUUGCGCACCGCAGCCCUAGGGCUCCACCACUCGCCCAUGAUGGCCCCACAUCUCAAGUUUGGGAUGCUCGUGUCUUUCGCUCUAGCUACGCUGUUUUUGGCUGGCGCGAAGUUCUACUUCGAUAAGCAGGUGGUCCGCGACAACAGCGGCGGCGGCGAGGCGAGCGUGGUGUGCGCGGCCGUGGCGUGCGUGUGCGGCGUGGGCUGCGCGCUGUCCAUGUGCCGCGCGCGCCCGCCGCCGCUGCACACGCCCGACCGCGUGUCCUCCACCGCAGCACGGGACCGGCCCCCACCUCCACCAUCGGAACCUUCAGACGAUAUCUCCCUGACCACGCUGCUGAACGCCGGCCCGCCGCAGCAGAACGGGCGCGUGGCGGGCGCCGGCGCCGCGGCCAGCGCCAGCGCCGCGGGCGAGGCGCCGCCGCCCUACCACAUCGCGGUGCUGCUGCCGGGCCGCGAGCCCAGGGACGUGUCCCCGCCCGCCUACAGCGCGCUCAGCUAG